CUGCCUGGCAGCCAGUUGCUUUACAAACGCUAUUCGAAGUAGUCGUACAUCGAGUUGUAGUAAAUAUUUUGAUUUUUGUUCUUUCGUGCUUACAUUUAUGAUUGCUUGCUAAGACACAUAAAAUGAGACUAAUCGAAAAGGUGUUCAACCCGACGGGGAAAACUCAUGUUGGCACACUAAUCUUUUUCCAUGGAUCAGGAGAUACCGGGAAUGGGUUGACUGAGUGGAUCCGGUUCCUACUGGGCAAGGAUAUGGAAUUUCCCCACAUUAAGGUGGUGAUCCCGACGGCACCGGUGCAACCAUAUGCUCCAAUGGGUGGUGAAAAUUCCAAUGUUUGGUUCAACAGAAAGCGCAUCGAGAUGGACUGUCCGGAAAUACGAACCUCACUGGCGUCGAUCUACGACACCGUGAACGAGAUGCUGAUCCGAGAAAUGGCAGCAGGUGUUCCGGCCAAUCGGAUCAUUGUGGGAGGAUUUUCGAUGGGAGGUGCUCUUGCUCUGCAUGCGGCUUAUCAUUUAAAUAGAGACUUGGCAGGAGCUUUUGCAAUAUCAUCGUUUCUCAACACAGGCUCGAUUGUGUAUGAUUCUUUGGAGAGCGUAACAGACGACGAACACCUACCUAGUUUAAUGAUGUUCCACGGAGAAAGAGACACCCUGGUGCCGCUUGAAUGGGGCCAAACAACGUUCGAUGAAUUGGCCAAACUAGGCGUUCGGGGCCAAUUCGUACCGAACCGAAACGCACUGCACGAAAUCAAAAAGGAUCAACUAGUGCAGGUGAUAAAGUGGGCCAACGAGCUAAUUCCCGAACCUCGAGAACCAACACCACCGUCGCCAUCGCCUCCACCACCGGCAACGACCAAAAAGACUGCAGUGGCCAAAAAGGGAAAACUGUGAUAGAAGCUGGCAUUGAUGGGGGGAUUAAUUGGACCAAUUUUGGCUGAUAUUUUAUUUUGAGCUUAUUUAGGGUGACACGACACAACUAUAGGAGAAAAAAGAUUUGCCCGUUAUCAUCGUUAUUAGCAGAUUGUUCUUGCGUAUGAGGUACUAAGCCUAUGUCAUGGGUCGUCACAAUAAACAUUAUUGCAGUGCAAAAGUACAAAAA